AGCAAGGCCUUGAGCGUUACGCCUGCGCGGUGUCGGAGGAGAGACCUUCAGCUUGGCAAGGAGGGACGGACGGAGGCGGCCUUGAGGUGUACAUAAAAGAGCUAGAGGAGAGUCCUUCUGUAGGUUCACGUUGAGAAGUAAAUGAUUUAGGAGCUAAAUUGUGAAAUAAGAAGUCUGCAACCAUGUUCGGCUGUUCUACUAGAGCCCCAGACCCUAUGGCUAUCCCACCAACUUACUGUGACCUGGGGAAAUCUGCCAGGGAUAUAUUCAACAUAGGAUAUGGGUUUGGAGUGGUCAAGCUAGAAGUGAAGACCAAGUCUUCUAGUGGAGUGGAAUUUACCACCACUGGUUCGUCCAGCGCAGACACAGGGAAAACCACAGGCAGCCUAGAGACCAAAUAUAAGUUCAAGGACUAUGGACUUACGUUCGCCCAGAAAUGGAACACUGACAACACCUUGGGGACGGAACUGACCAUGGAGGAUAAGUUGGCUGAGGGAUUGAAGACGACCCUUGAAACCAUGUUUGUACCAAACACAGGGAAAAAGAGUGGGAAGUUGAAGACAUCCUACAAACGGGAGUAUCUAAACCUAGGUUGUAAUGUUGACAUAGACCUGUCUGGACCAACCAUCCAUGGCUGGGCUGUGUUGGGCUAUGAAGGUUGGCUUGCUGGCUAUCAGAUGGCUUUUGACACAGCCAAAUCCAAGCUGUCACAGAAUAACUUCGCACUGGGUUACAAGGCAGCAGACUUCCAACUGCACACGAACGUGAAUGAUGGCACUGAGUUUGGUGGCUCGAUCUAUCAGAAAGUUAGUGACAAGGUGGAAACAUCUGUAAGUCUUGCUUGGACUGCUGGCAGUAAUAACACCCUGUGCGGCAUUGCCACCAAGUACCUGCUGGAUGAUAAAGCUUCCAUCUCGGCCAAAGUUAAUAAUGCCUGCCUCAUUGGACUUGGCUACACUCAAACUCUACGACCUGGUGUGAAGUUGAAUCUCUCAACUCUGAUUGAUGGCAAGAAUUUCAGUACUGGCGGCCAUAAAAUUGGGCUGGGAUUUGAGCUGGAAGCUUAAUGUAGGUUUUGAUGAAGUAUUAGAUCUUUAUUUGGAAGAUGAAGGAGAAAACAAACCCCACAUGUUCUGGCCUUAAACUCUUCUGUGAAACUUCAAAAAGCGUGAACUUGAUAUUCUUCCAAAGAAUUGUUGUAACCCCAAACAUUGAAGUCUGGAGAGUGCAAACCAUGAAGGGCAAUACUUGAAGACGUGCAUGGAAGUUGUAAUGGUUGUGCUACAUUUCAGUUCAGUUCCUCAGUUACUUUAAAAUGUGUUCCUCAGAAGAUAGCAUAGCAUCUGGUUUAAAGGAAAGAACCCCCCCCUCCCCAAUCCUUCUGUGUUACUACAUCACAUCCUGCAUGUCCUACCCCUCAUGACCUUUUGUAAAACUGGUCUCUGUGCUGUAGUGAAAGCUUUGGUUUUGCAUCAAAGUGGAAAUAAAUCAAAUCACAUUUGGAA